UGUAUGAUGCUAUUGAAGAAUUUCUGCAAAGCCAAAUUAACCUCAUGCCAAUUAGGUACACUUACUCAAAAAUUAAGAAGAUGUCCAAAGGUUUCAAGGACAAAUUGGCUGAAGGAGGUUAUGGCUUUGUAUAUAAAGGAAAGCUUGAAAGUGGCUCUUUUGUAGGUAUAAAGAUGUUGGGUAACUCCAAAGCUAAUGGGCAAGAAUUUAUCAGCGAAGUUGCAACAAUUGGAAGAAUUCACCAUGUGAAUGUGGUGCAACUCAUUGGCUUCUGUGCUAAGGGGCCAAAGCGCGCCCUUAUAUAUGAAUUCAUGCCUAAUGGCUCUCUUGAAAAAUACAUUUUUCCUCAAGAAGAAAGUAUCUGUAUCCUGUUAAGUAUUGAGAAAAUAUUUGAGAUUUCUCUUGGAGUGGCUCGUGGGAUUGAAUAUCUACAUCGAGGAUGUGACAUGCAAAUUCUGCAUUUUGAUAUCAAGCCUCAUAACAUUCUUCUCGAUGAGAACUUCAUUCCCAAAGUUUCUGAUUUUGGGCUUGCAAAACUUUACCCAGCAAAUGAUAGCAUAGUGUCUUUGACUGCUGCAAGAGGAACACUAGGAUAUAUAGCUCCAGAGUUGUUCAAUAAAAACAUUGGAGGGGUCUCCUACAAAGCUGAUGUUUAUAGUUUUGGCAUGUUAUUGUUGGAAAUGGCAAGUAGAAGAAAGAACGUGAAUAUAUUUGCUGACCAUUCAAGCCAAAUUUACUUCCCAACUUGGGUCUAUGGUCAAUUUAGUGAAGGAAAUGACAUAGAAAUAGAAGAUGCCACAGAGGAGGAGAAGAAAAAUGUUAAGAAGAUGAUCAUAGUCGCAUUAUAG